CACGCCGAGAGAUCGAGUCGUGUUUUACGAGGCUCCACUUCGAUCGGGCUAAAGUACAUAUGCAUCCGACUCAGUGUUGAUAUGAGUGGUCAGAUCGAUAGAAUAGAAUCUCAGCUUUUAAUUUGGCAAGACAUACAAUGAUUAAGCAUUGUUUUAUAGAGAAAAAUGGCUUUUAAACGGGACCCGAGGUACGCGACUAGCGGUGUAUCGAAAUUAAACAUCGAUCGCUCCGCUGGCGCGGCGGUGACGCGCUAUUGGAUUACACCACGACACGGCCGGGCUCAUGAUAAAACGACACGUUCGUUGCAAAUGAUGGAAAAUUUAAAUGGGAAUAUAUAAUUUUGUUUUAAUCUGAUGCAUGCUAGUGAAAAGUUGUAAGUAUUCGUACGGGAAAAUGUCUAGCGACAUCGCGGUUCUCCUUACGGUAUAGCCACGAGCCUUACUACCGACAGCGACCUCGUGCGGCGUAUCGCUAUUUGUAUCGUUAAAAGUUCGGUGCAAAGUUGCUCUCAAGUCUCAGUGUAUACUUACUAGUUGUUAGUAGUUAGUUACUACCUAUUAAUUUUUUUCGUGUUGUGUGUGCGUGCAUCAUCAAAUAAUAGCAAAGAAAAUGUCAGACACCGCAGUCGCAUCCGAAGCACCGGCGCCGGCGACACCCGCGAAGAAACCGAAAACAUCGGCGGGCGCCGGCAGCGCUGCCGCCAAGAAGCCGAAGGCGAAGCCCACCCAUCCUAAAACUUCCGAGAUGGUGAACAGCGCGAUCAAGGAGCUCAAGGAGAGGAGCGGCUCGUCGCUGCAGGCCAUCAAAAAGUACAUCGCCGCCCAGUACAAGGUAGACGCGGAGAAGAUGGCACCUUUCAUCAGGAAGUACCUGAAGAGCGCCGUCGAAUCCGGCGCGCUGAUCCAGACCAAGGGCAAGGGCGCGUCGGGCUCGUUCAAGCUCGAGUCGAAGUCGUCCGCGUCCAAGAAGCCCGCCGGCGGCAAGGGCGCCGCCGCGUCCGCCGCCUCCGCGAGGGCCAAGAAGGCCGCCUCCACCGCGGCCGCGGCCGGCGCGAAGGGCGGCAAGAAGGCCACCGCCGCGGCGGCCGCCUCGUCCCCGUCUCGGGCGAAGACCGCCGCCGCGACCGCCAGGGACAAGAAGGCCGCCGCGGCCAAGAGGAAGAAGCCGGCCGCGAAGAAGACCUCCGUCGCCGCCGCGUCCCCGGCCAAGGCCAAGGGGGCCGCCUCCAAGGCGAAGAAGACCGCCAAGCCGCCCACGAAGAAACCUAAAGCGCCGAAACCGAAGAAGGCCGCGCCCAAGUCGAAACCCGCCGCCAAGAAGGCCGCCGCUGCUAAAAAGUAAGCUCAGCUCCACUGGCUGCCGCCUUCGGCCUUCGUCGAACUGCUCGCUAAUCGCCGUACGUACGUGCGUGCCUGCCUGCCGCUCGCUGCUCGAUGCGGCGGACGGACGACGGAUCGGCGAUGAUGCGCGCGUUCAAGAGUUCUGCGUGCGGCUUUACAACCGCAACAAUAAAAAGCCCUUUUCAGGGCUAACACACAUUUCCUAGAUACCUACCGAAUAUAAUUG